GAUUCCCGGAUUAUGACGUCACAUCAAGUCGAACUAUCGAGUUGAAACUAGAAAGGUGACAGGGUUAUUAACAAACUGUAUUUGUAUUGUAUUCAAUUUUUUAUAAUAGAUUUUUGGUUUUUAACUCCAGUUGCAUAGUGAUCACUUCCUAAAUUAAAUUCUGUGAGUAUAUUUUGAAAGAUUAAAAUAAUGUCUACUCCUGCUCGGAGACGACUAAUGCGUGAUUUUAAAAGGCUUCAAGAAGAUCCUCCAGCUGGUGUAAGUGGUGCUCCAACUGAUAAUAAUAUUAUGAUAUGGAAUGCUGUUAUAUUUGGACCUCAUGAUACUCCGUUUGAAGAUGGUACCUUUAAGCUAACGCUAGAAUUUACUGAAGAGUACCCUAAUAAACCUCCUACAGUGCGAUUUGUAUCUAAAAUGUUUCAUCCAAAUGUAUAUGCAGAUGGUAGUAUUUGUUUGGACAUUCUUCAAAACCGGUGGAGUCCUACAUAUGAUGUAUCUGCUAUUUUGACAUCUAUACAGUCUCUAUUGGAUGAGCCAAAUCCUAAUAGCCCUGCAAAUAGUCUAGCUGCUCAGCUUUAUCAAGAAAAUCGCCGAGAAUAUGAAAAGAGGGUUGCAACCAUUGUGGAACAGAGCUGGUUAAAUUUUAAUGAUGACGAAGAAAAGGAACCAAAGAAAGAUUCUUAGAAAUAACCCUUUUUAGCCCUUCGCCAGUGGAGGAAAGAUUUCCAGUGGUGUCCGCACUUAGUGCUCGUUUGUAUGGGUGUGGCCUUGUGUGCUUUGCAAUGAACACGUCAAAACUUUUAUGCCGUACGUGACCACGUUGCAGGUGACUGCAAGGUCGUGAAUUGUGUUAUGUAUAUGUAUUUUGUUUGCAAUGUGAAAAAAAAAAUUACCUAAAAACCCAGCUUAUACUUUUUAUAUAUAAUAAGGUAUGUUAAAGUACCCUAUAUUUCUCCCAAACAUUUUAGGAUACUCAUCAAUUUGUAUAUUGUGUUGUAUUGUUCAAUAUUAGUGGAAAUUGUUAUCUAAAUUUUUUUUAUUUAAAGAGAAAGGAAUCCUGUACACACCAAUCAUUGUAUAUUUUAUUUCUUGAACAUUUUUGGUUCCUUUUGUCAUUCAUACUUUUACAUUAUAGGAAAAAAAAUUUGUAGUAAAUUAAUUUGUCUUUUUAAAAAAAGUACUGCUCCAGGUUUACUCGUUCUAGACUAGCAUCUUUUGUUUCUAACUUUUUUAAAGUUAGACCUAGUGUUAUAGAAAUUAGAGUUCUGAGUUUCGUGGACAAAUACGCUGGAAAUGCAGUCAGAAAUGGCUGUUAACUGUUGUGCAUAUUGUAGAGUAACACCGUGCAAUCGAGUACCUAUAUACCUGUGCUUUCAACAAAGACUUUUACUCUUGAAAUACUCUUUUCGUGUACUCCAGCAACAAUGCAUGAUCAGUUUUUGAAAAUGGCACUCUUUUAUGACACCUUAGCCUGGAUUUAAAUUAGUAUCAAUUUCCCACAACAAAAUUGGAUCUAAAUUUAUUUUUCUCUUCAAGCAUGUAUUAAUUGUUCUCAAAUUUCUAAAUGUAUAUUGGUAACAUGUAGACAAAUUCUCAUCAUAUAUAUUCUUUUUCAUGAAGUGUGUACAGUAUGAAAACAUUUUCCAGUAUUAAUACACUCAAGGCAACAGAAUUUGUUAAAUGACAGUAUCAUUUGCUGUAUAGAAGCUAAUGCAGAUAAAUGCUUGUACAGAAAAUCAUGGGUAUCCAAUUGUAAAUUUAGAGGUGAAUGUGGGAAAAAGUAAAUAAAGCUGUUUGCUUGUUAUCAAAUCUUAAUUCAUUCAAGCUCGAAAUGUGGACACUUUUUUCUAAAGAUGUUCAAAUUCCAGACAAUACAGUUGGUUCCUGACUGGUUGUUUAUUCUCUUUAGCAUUUUGUAAUCAUUUUAGGUUAGUUGGGCAAGUCAUGUUCAAUAUCGUGAGUACACCUGGAGAUUGUUUUGUGCAGUUUGAUUUAAAGCACUACUAUUUGUGUGGUUCACAUUUUGAUUUUUAAUUCUUUUGUUUUUAUGUAAUUGAAUUAAUAAAAUCUCUUUCUGCAAAAUAA